GUUCGCAAACAAAAUAUAGACGACUGGGUAAUUUAAGGCCAGCAGGUUGUAUCAGGACACAAGCAGUAGGCGAAAGUGAAUUCAUAAUGGCAGGCCGAUUAUUUCUUCGUACCGCAACAUUGCAACUAACAAGAUACAAUGUUGUGGCCAGAACACUGCCACGCACCAUGGGCACUCUGAAAGGGAUUCCAACCGAUGAGGAGCAGGCUACUGGUCUGGAGAGACGUGCCUUACAGGCACUAAAAAAAGGAAAUGAUCCAUACAGCAUCCUAAAACCUAAAGUGUAUUCUGGAACUAAAGAAGACCCUCAUAUUGUUCCAAGCAUUGGCAACAAAAGGAUGGUUGGCUGCUUAUGUGAAGAAGACAACACCGCUAUUGUGUGGUUCUGGCUUCACGAAGGCAAUGUCCAGCGCUGUCCCUCCUGUGGGUCCCACUACCAGCUGAUUCACCACGAGUUGCCCCACUGAGACCAAGCUUGUUGUCACUGGACCAGGCAAAACUGCUUCAUGUACUACACCCCAAAGAUUGUGUGUUCAUUGAUGAACAUUAUGUAAUUAAAACACUAUUUACCUGA